GAACUUUCUGAAUGUUGUCUGUGUCAGAUUCACGUAAAUCCGUAUCGGUGGUAGUACCAGCGUGGUCAUCUAAAAUAAAAAUGAAAGAAUGGACACUGGAACACCUAACAUCUUAAUAUAAAGACAGUUCCCACGUCUGAAAAUGUCAAUGAUGUGUUGUGGAUUGAAUUAAUUAAGGGUUUACAGUCACAGACCCAGCUAAACGGAGAAGUACACAAACAGAAGGAGGAUGGAGGACGAUGAUGGAAUUGAAAACAUGAUCAGAAAAUAUCUGCGUGGUGAAGCUCCCAAUGUAUCGCAUCCACAAUGUGAUGUGAUCCACAAGAGAGAUCAAUUACGUGAUGAUGAGGUAGCAGUUUUGAAAUACAAUGUACAUUACAUUGUGGCUGCUGUGUUGAUUAAUGAAAAGGGGGAGGUAUUGAUGAUGCAAGAAGCCAAGGUAUCGUGUAGAGGGACAUGGUAUCUCCCAGCUGGACGAAUGGAAAGAAAUGAAACGCUAGAAGAGGGAGUUAAACGUGAGGUGCACGAAGAAACUGGACUUGAAUUCCAACCAUCAGCCAUAAUAUUUAUUGAAUGUAUACAUGGAAACUGGGUCAGAGUAACAUUUACAGGCAGUGUGACAGGUAAGGAAAGUCAUCACACACAGUGUGACAGGUAUAAGAGAAAGUCAUCACACACAGUGUGACAGGUAUAAGCGAAGGUCAUCACACACUGUGACAGGUAUAAG